AUGGACGACGUCAGCGGCGGUGCACCGGGUGCGUGCCCCAAGAACAAGAAGCCCCGGCACCUGUCCCGAUCGCUGACCUACCACCACCACCACCACCACCCGUACCAGGGGCGCCACCUGCCGCCUCCUCCGCCGUCGCCGUCGCCGGCGCCCACCCCCGCCGCAGCGCCCGCAGUCGGUGGUCCUCACACGACUUCGCUCCGCGGCGUGCGCCGCACGUUCGCGGACUGCUGCGCGCUCCUGGUCGGGGGCGUGCUCGUCGGCGGCGCCGACGAGGUCCGCCGGCUGCACGAGUCCGGCGAGCUCCGCCGCAUCCUCGAGGGCGCCCCCGGGCAGGACCCGGCCUUCGUCUGCGGUGCCUGCGGCGGGUUCCGGUUCGCGCCCUGCCCCGCCUGCGACGGCUCGCGCAAGGUGUUCGUGGAGGAAGAGGAGCGAGCCCGCCGCUGCAUAGAGUGCAACGAGAACGGCUUGGUACGCUGCCCCAAUUGCUGUUCUUGA